CAGCACGCGCCGCUCCGUUAGAAGAUAAAUCGCGGAUCAUCCUCGAGGAGCCUUUAUGUCUAUCUCCUCCAGUUUGCAUCUACAAUGCACUGGUAGGGUUAAAAAGUGUACUAUUCUGGAAGCUACUUUCCGUUAAGGUUAAGAUAUAUCCAACUGGACUGCUCAAAUAUAGCCUAUCGGAGUGACUCACCAGGCAUGUAGUCUAGCCUAUGUGUGCCAUUCUAAUUUGUGUAACGUUUAGGCAUUGGUUCAAAGUUUUUUUUUUUUAUAUACGUGCGGCUGAACAUUGGGCAACACAAGCCAGGUCGACAAAGUUACCUAAAUAAACAUGUCCUCGACUCUCAGCUCCCCAUCGCCGAACAACAGCAGUCUUUUCACUGCGAGCUACGAGAGGACGGACCUCACCGAGACGCAAAGACACAUAAGCAUGCUUCUCUUCGGCUUGUGCGUCGCCAUCGCCGCUGCUACCUUCGUGGGAGGUGUGUAUUCUCUCAUCUUUUUCAUCCAGAUGAGGUGGAAAACCAUCCUGUGGCUCAUCGUGGCUUCGAUGUCCGUGGACGACCUGCUCAGCGUAAUACCUCUCUCCCUCUUCAUGCUCCUCCAGUGGGAGAGAGAUGGAGAGGGAGGGUCGGUGACCAUAUGCACUUUAUCGGGACUUCUCUAUGUGUUCCAAGGACUCUCCAGCAAUAUGAAGGCUUGCCUUAUUGCAGCCUACACCUUUUACGUUACUAAGCGAGAAAGAAGUCCUCGGCCGUUAAGCGUGAUGUGGGCGAUAGCCGGGGUGUGGGUAGUCAGCCUGACCGUCAGUGUACUACCCCUGUGCGGCUGGGGGAGUUUCAUCCCGGUCUCUCUAGGCUGUUUCCCAGAGAGCCACAGCUUUUACGUUCUGCUCCUUUUCUCUUUGUACUCCUUGUGUUUCUGCGGAUUGGUCUUAUUCUUCGUUCCUCUCACCUACCAGCUACUGUGUUCCAGGGAGCCACAGAGGACGUUCUACCCGAGCUACUUGGAUAUAGCCAGGGAUCUGACAGGGGACGGGUCUGCGCCUCUCUGCGACCUCCCGUCCUUCUCUCGGGAUAGCUUGGACAGAAGUUUCAGUGCCUACAACGAGCUGUGUCCGGUUGGGUCGGGGAAAGGGCUAGGGGUGCGUGGCACAGUGGAAACAUAUACCUGCCCAACCCCUACCUCUGACGGUGUACUGAGGGAUGGAACCAUCAGUAACUGGGAAUCCCCUGCGUUCUUUGCACAAAAGCGCUUCUCCAUGAUCCUAGCGGUAGUGAGAGUUGUCUUGUGGAUGCCGAUGAUGACUCUGGUGCUCGUGCGUCAUGCUGUGAACGAGCGCAGCUCGUCCCUGGAAGCGGUGGAAACGGUGAGCUUCUUCCUGACCCUGCUGGCGCCUGCGGUCACGCCGGUGUUCAUGCUCUCCGAGCGCUGGAUCCACCUUCCGUGUGGGUGCUUCAUCAACUGCCGCCGGGACACAGAGCGUGAGCCCACCGCAAAGAAGAGGAGGUUGGAGUUUAACCUCUCUUUCCAACAAGGAUACGGAAUAUACAAGUUAUCCCACGCAACCAAACCCCACCACAGCCCGUCUGUCGAGAAGGCUUCCUAUCAAAACCUCUUCAACUUCACAGAAAACCAACUUGCUGUGCUGGACAGCUCCGGCGUCGCGAGCCUGCAGGCCGAGCUCGAGUUCAUGACCCCACGUGAAGUAGACAGCUCCUCACUGCACGAGCAUGGCGAGCUGCUUCUCGAGGCGGAGGCAGGUGGGGGAGAGGCCCUCGCGCUGGCAGACUGCCUCCAGUUUCCUCACGGUGACCACGGAGACCAGGACAGCUUCUUCUGUGGGCCCAGCUCCCGGGACUGCGAGGACCUCAACCUCACGGACACGUCGUCGGUGUUUGAGGGAACGGAACGGAGACUGUCGCAUGUAGAGUGCAGAAAAAUGGAGCUGACGGACUGGGAGUGGUGUAGGAGUAAAUCAGAGAGGACCCCCAGACAGGUAGCUAACCUCCCAAC